GUUUAAAUAUCCAUAUUACAUGCGAAAAGCAUAAUUUAUACUCCGUAUAGACUUAGCUUGGAAGAGUGAGAGAAGCGCAACUAGUGUAGCAAAGCCGAUGGCGGACGGCCCAGGAAAGGAGAGGAGGAGGGCAAUGAACAACGUUUUCUCUAACGAUUUGUUGCUGGAGAUCCUGCAUCGUAUUCCGGCCAAAUCGGCCGUGCGGUGUAAAGCGGUGUGCAAGCGGUGGCGAAACCUAAUUUCGACCCAUUUUUUCAUGGAUCUUUUUUGUUCUCACCACCCUCUUCGCGAGGGCAAAGAGGAGUGCUUGGCCACCGGCUGCUCCACCAAGAUUCAUAUGUUCCUGAUUCAUCCCCACUUUGAGCCCGAUUUUUCUCUGGACUUCCUUCCCUUUUUUGAAGCUGCAAAAGAUUCGAAAUUCAUCCUGGGGUUCAGCAAUGGAUUACUCUUGUGCAACCCAGACCCGAAAGAUCAGAUCUUUUACUACAUAUGCAACCCAAUCACGAAGAACUGGGUCAGUCUCCCUGCAGCGCCGGCGGUGCAUGAAGAUCUAGAUAUAUCGGUGGGUUUCGCCCAUUACCCGGAUCUUUCCUGCCCUGGCUUCAAGAUUGUCCGAGUUCUUCCGCCCCUGAACACCAAACCGGUCUCAGAUUUUGAAGUCGACAUCUUUUGUUCCUGGACAGGAACUUGGACCAGGCGGACGGUGACAUCUCCCAAGCCCAUUACCUGGGUGCGCCUAGUAGUGUUGCCUCCUGCCGUUUUUUACAGAGGCUGUCUGCAUUGGUUGAUCAGGGACUUUCAUACGAUUGUUUACGAUGUGAAGAAUGACAAGAUCAAUUUUAUUGUGGAUCGGCCAAAUGGCCUGGUGGAGUUUUGGGGGAUGGAUUUAUAUGGUUUCAGUCUAUGCGGCGGCUUGUUUUACGUCGCUCAACUGCAUUAUACCGUUUUGAUAAUAUGGCAGCUGAAUCACAACGAGUGGACUAUGAAGCGAAAGGUUAAUCUGGAAGAAGAAAGCAGUAUCAGAUUCGGGCGUGAGUGGCUAAUGUGUUUAUCAACUCCAUGCCAAAAUUUGCUUCUCCAUCCCUACGAUAUUGAUGUUUUUUAUGUAGGUAGUAGUUAAGGUCGGGCUUUAUCUUGCAAUUUGAGAAGCAAAACUUUGAAACCCUUUUGCAACACACAUUUCACCAUGUUUACAUAUAGCCUCAUGCUUCCGCUCUGGCCAGCUUCCAUACCCCAAAUUCUCAAUUUGUAACUUAACUGCCUGGCUUUUGUGACUAUAUACAUUGAUGGAACUUGUUGUACUAGUAUUAAUUAUAUAUUUAUAUGGCCUUGAGUAUUAUACUUUUCUUUAUUCUUUAUAUAAAAAUAAUAUACAUUCGUCC